AUGGAUCCAGAGAAUACGUACGGGAGUGUUGCCCAUAAAAACGAACCCAAGCAACCAAUAUCGAGGUUUGAUAUAAAAAGUCAAGAUAAGGUCGCCGUAAGAAAUCCAAAAAACAAAAAUAAACAAAUACCAACUGACAUUACACAGCAAACAAAGGAGCCGUGGUUUCUAACGGUUGAUGAAGAGAACCAUACAGAUACUAGUCAUGAGAAUCCCUGGAUUGAACAAAAAUCACGAAGACGAAUUAGGAGCAAAAAACAACCAACUAUAAUCGGUAUAUCUAAAACCAACGAUGUAAACACAGGCUUUAAAUCUUCGUACGUAAAAAGGGCGUGGUACUAUGUGGGUAAGGUGGACAAUGACACUAACAUUAACGAAAUAAAAACUUAUAUUUGUGAAAAACUUUCCUCAGAAGAUGUGAUAGUUGAUAAAUUACCAACGAAAGGAACAUUUCAGUCGUUCAGAAUAGGAGUUAAAUUUAUCUAUAAAGAUAAUUUACUUAAGGAAGACUUCUGGCCAGAGGGAAUUAUAGCGUUAGGUGUUUCAAAGGGUGGUGGCGCUCUGUUGGCAGUUACGAACCGUGUUUGUGCUACACCACUCGAUCUUAUAGGUUUAAGAAAUUCUUUUAGCUCUAUUGAUAUAGUUGGUUGUCAAUUAUCGCUUUCUAGCGGUGUUUUGUAUGUUUUUGUAAUUUAUGUACCCCCCAAUAUUUCAUCAUAUGAGCUGGAUCAAUUUCUGGAGGAUCUUGCAGUAUUAGAUUGUAUGUGUAAUAAGAAUACUUUAAUCAUGGGUGACUUUAACGUUGCCAAAUAUGGUAGUAAUGAUUCCAACAUCACUAAAUGCUUAUCGCUAGACAACUAUGCAAAUUUUUUAAAUCUAACGCAACACAACAACAUACUCAAUUGUUUGAAUGUCUCUUUGGACCUAGUAUUCUCCAAUAUAGAUUGUUUUUCAGUACUACGCGCUGAUCCUGCUGUAAAGGAAGAUCCCUAUCAUCCUGCUCUUCAGUUUCUUUUUAAAGUAUUCCAUUCUCAGGCUAAAUUUGCAAUUAGUAACAGCCAUCCUUCAUAUAAUUUUAAAAAGGCUGAUUAUGCACGCAUGUACAACCUAUUCCUAUACGCUGACUGGAGCCCCAUUUUAGAAUCUACUAAUCCUACUGAGGCAUGUGAACUUUUCUACAAAACUGUCUAUGAAAUAUUCGAUAUUACUGUACCAUUGCGUCAUGUUAGUAAAGCUCAAAGUAAAAAUCGUUAUCCUUCUUGGUAUUCUCCACAAAUAAUAAGGGUUUUAAAACGUAAAACCAAAGCCCAUAGAUUAUAUAAAAGGUAUGCUUACAAGAAAUUCAUAAUUGACGCGGAAAAUAACCUCUCAACUGAUCCAACGAAAUUAUGGUCAUUUGUUCAAAAUAAAAAAAAUCAAACUAGAAUCCCAAAUGUUAUCAGGGACGCCGACGAUGUAUGUUAUGACACUCCAGACACUAUAGUAAAUGCCUUUGCGCGCUACUUUGCAAGUGUUUAUCAGCCUUCUAAUCCCGGUAAUCCGUCGUCUUCGCCGAACUAUUUCCAGAACAUUGAUACCCCGUCGAUAAGUGAAAACGAUAUUCUUAUAGCAAUCAAGAAUACUAAAAGUAAAUUUACUGCAGGACCUGACCUUAUUCCGAACUUUGUUAUUAAAGAUUGUGCGUGUGUACUAGCAGUACCGUUACUGCAUAUAUAUAAUCAAAUACUUAAAUGUGCUACCUUCCCUUCUAUUUGGAAACAGGCCAGAAUUUGCCCAAUUCUUAAAAAGGGCAAUCCUGCACAGAUUAGCAAUUACAGGCCAAUCGCCAUUAUUAAUAACUUUGCAAAAAUCUUUGAAAUGAUUCUAUAUAAACACAUUUACAAUAGCAUUAAAUCCUUUAUCUCACCCUUACAGCAUGGGUUUGUUGAAAAAAGAAGUACAGUCACCAACUUAGCUACCUUCACGCAGUUCACUGCCAACUGUGUAGAUGCAGGGGGUCAAGUUGACGUGAUUUACACAGAUUUUUGUAAGGCCUUUGAUCAAAUAGAUAUAUUCAUCUUACUUGACAAGAUGAAUUUACUUGGAUUUAAUGAUCAUAUAUUACAUCUUCUAUCAUCUUACUUAUUUGAUCGGGUUCUAUAUGUAGAAUAUAUGGGGCAUCAGUCACAUCCAUUCAUGGCUACAUCGGGUGUCCCUCAGGGCUCAAAUUUGGGACCACUAUUGUUCCUUAUAUUUAUUAACGAUCUGCCGGAAAUUAUUAGAUGUAAUAACGUCUAUAAGUGA